AUGAAUAAUACAGAUCAACCACUAUAUUAUCCUAAUCCAGUAGCGUCACAUUCACAAACAUCUGGUUUUUAUAUGCCAAAUGAUGGCAUGAAACAACCUUAUCCAAUAUCAACAAAUUAUCAAACGCGUCCAGUACCAUCAACAAUGUCUAAUCAACCAAAAACAUUGCACCAACCACCAGAUACACUUUCUGAUUUACAAGAACAAAUACAAAUUCAUCCAACACAAUCAACUCAAGAUACAAAAAUUGAUGAACCAACUGUACCAAUAUCUCAGUCUACAAUAGCACAAAAUAUUCAACAAUCGAAUUCAUGUGCAUCAACAGUAUCAUCACGAGCUAAGAGAAAACGAAAAAAAAAUCAUUGUCUUGUUGAUUCAGUAUUACAUAAACCUGUAGAAGUUUCUACACAAUUAAUAACUUCAACUACGACGACCUCAUCAGUAUCUUCAACAAUAAUAACGAAUGAAAAUCAUUCUAUUGAAUCGACAACGACAAAAUCAAUUAAACCGAAUGCAAAAUCAACAAAUGAUACAAAUAAAACACAAAAACAAGCUAGAUUUUCACAAGAAUCUGCUGAUAUAUUUACCGAUUCUUUCAAUAUUCAACCAGAUAAGUCUGAUAAUCGAAUAUCUACAAUGAAUGAAGAAAUUAGUACGAAUUCAUUGAAAUCACAAUCAACACCAUCAAAAACAACAAUAAGCCAUGACGAAAAAUCUCUCGCACCAUCAAAGAAACGUUUCCAUUAUGAUCGUCAAGAGCUUUUACGUAUUCGUGAUAGUUUAGCACCAUUUCCAAUUCCAGAACGUCUUCGUAAUCUUGAUAUUGUUAUUAAUCGAUGUGAUAAUAAUAAUAAUAAUAGUAAUAGAAGUUUAACAAGCAAUUCAAAUCGUAAAACAGAAGUUCAUUUAUCAACUAAACCUGAUUUUAGUAAUCAUGUUGCAAAUUCUUACGAACCAGUCGAUCAAAAUAAAAUUGAUGCUAAUAAUAGAUUUUUAUGUAAUGUUAGAUCCAUAUUAAAUAAAUUAACACCACAAACAUAUGAUGAAUUACAAAAACAACUUGUAGCUUUAGAUUUUGAUUGUUGUGAAAAACUAGAAGGAAUGAUUAUGAUAUUGCAUUCUAAAGCUGUUGAUGAACCACACUAUAGUUUUCUAUAUGCAAAAUUAUGUAAACAACUUCGAAAAAAACAUGUGAAUGUAUUAGAUAAAGAUGGCAAACCAAAAAAAUGUACUCUUCGUCCAUUAUUAAUGAUAUGUUGUAAGAAAGAAUUCAAUAAUGAUAAUAUACAAGAAAUUGAAUAUGAAAAAAGAAAACUUGAACUUGAAACUAUAACAGAUGAAAAAAAAUAUCAAGAAGAAGCUGAAAUAUUAGAAGAUCUUAUUAAAGCUAGAAGAAGAAAAUUAGGCAAUAUUGUUUUUAUUGGUGAGCUAUUUCAAGUACAAAUAUUUCCUCAUACUAUCAUAUAUGAUUGUAUUGAAUAUUUACUUCGUGAUAAAACUGAUGAAGCAAGUCUUGAAUGUUUAUGUAAUCUCUUACGUACUAUUGGUGACAAACUUGAUAAUAAAGUUAAGAAAAAAAGUACAAACAAGUCCAAAUUGGAAAAAUAUUAUUGUCAUUUAAAUACUAUCGUCAAAGAACAAAAAGCAUCAGCACGUAUUCGUUUUAUGAUUCAAAAUCUUCUAGAAUUACGACAAACUGCAUGGGGUACCUGUCGUCCUAAAACUAAACCGACGACAAUUGAUGAAAUUCAUGAUCAAGAACAUUUAAAUCGUGAACGACAACAACAUCAUGAUCAAAAUCAUGAAACUAUUAUUAGUAGUGCCUACAGUGGAAGUAGUCAACAACCAAAUAACAAUAAAAAUGAUAAUUAUGAUAGUGAAAUUAAACAACAAUCAAAGUUAAACAAUAAACAAAAUGAUUUAUUUUUUUUAUGGGCAAUAAAUUUAACAUCAUCAUGUAUACGAACAAAAGAAUUAGAUAUUGAAAAGAAACUGGGAGAAGAUCGUUCAUUAACUGAGCAGAAAGAAAAUUAA